AUCACCCCGCAUAAAAGGGAUACUUUGCCCUCCGUAUUUGUGGUAAAUCGCCGCUUGAAGUGGAAGAACUAAACCGGAAAAUUUUAAGGUAACGCGAAUCAGGAUAUCAAUCUGAAAGACCCGUCAGCGACGAGUUAAAUCGGACCGAAGAGGAAGAGGAAUUGAUAGAUAAGGACUCUAGCCGGAAUUCUUGUCCGCGGCAGCGGCGGCGCCCCCUCUGCGGACAGCUUCAAUUGCCGUCGGAGCUAGGGAUUAGGCGUGGUUAAGAGAAAAGGCGCAAGCUUCUAAACGGUUGCCGGGAUUCAUUAGACAUGAAGCGCAGUUACUCGGAAUCGCCACCGUGUAGCUCUAUUGGAUCUCCUUCGUCCAGAUUGAAAUACAACCCACCAGGCAACUCUCAGUUUUUGGAGGAUGAGAGUACAAAAAACUUUGCGAGGAAAGUUGCUGAUCAUUAUAGUGCAAGGAGCAACCAAACACUAGAAGAGCGAGAAGCAAGUCCCAUUAUCCAUUUAAAGAAGCUUAACAACUGGAUCAAAAGCGUAUUGAUUCAACUUUACACCAAAAGAGGGGAUGUAGUUCUUGAUCUUGCUUGCGGAAAGGGUGGUGAUCUAAUUAAGUGGGACAAAGCAAGGAUUUCAUAUUAUGUUGGCAUUGACAUUGCUGAAGGCUCCAUUGAGGAUUGCCGUACACGAUAUAAUGGUGAUGCGGACCAUCAUCAACGGCGAAAGAAGUUCUCUUUUCCAGCUAGACUUAUUUGUGGAGAUUGUUUUGAGGUUCAGUUAGAUAAAGUGUUAGCAGAUGAUAUGCCUUUUGAUCUUAUUAGCUGCCAGUUUGCCAUGCAUUACUCAUGGUCAACUGAAGCACGUGCACGACGCGCCUUGGCCAAUGUAUCAGCUUUACUUAGACCUGGAGGCAUCUUCAUUGGAACAAUGCCAGACGCUAAUGUUAUAAUAAAAAAGCUUAGAGAAGCUAAAGGGCUAAGCUUUGGUAACAGUGUGUAUUCAAUAGAGUUCAAUGAAGAAUUCUCAGAAAAGAAAUUCGGAUCUUCAAACCCUUUUGGCAUCAAAUACAAGUUCCAUUUGCAGGAUGCAGUUGACUGCCCCGAAUGGAUUGUCCCUUUCCAUGUUUUCAAGGAAAUGGCUGAAGAGUAUGAUUUGGAGCUAGUAUUUGCGAAGAAUUCGCAUGCAUUUGUUGAUGAAUAUAUGAAAAGGAUGGAGUUUGUCGACCUCAUGCGCAGGCUUGGCGCAUUGGGUGAUGGAAACCAAGACCUAAGUACCCUCUCGCCGGAUGAAUGGGAUGCCGCCUACUUAUAUCUCUCAUAUGUCUUGAAGAAGAAGGGACAACCGGACCCGAGGCCGGUGAACAGUAGUAGGCGGGGCAAGGGUAAGAUGCAGUUGUCGAAGGCGGAUAUCAUGUAUAUAUAGACAAACACGCACAGACGGUGUAGGGGCGAAACAUUUCCACACUGGCUUUACAAAAAAUUUUGUACAAACUUUAAUAAUAUUAAUAUUGGCACUAACAGAAUUAAGUCCUAAAAUGUUCUGUGUAACAUUUACAUAAGUUGACAAUGCAGUUUUGUUUUACCUUCCAUUUUUUGUUCUGAAUUAUAAUAUGAUUUGUAAUCCUUUUUUUUUUUUGCGAUUUUGUCGAAAUU